AUAACAAUCAAACACAAAUUUUUUCUUUCUUUGUUUUUCUCUCUUCAUACACACCAAAAAAGAAAAAUGAAAAAUCCUUCUUGAUGAAGUUCACAAGCUAGCUAUCAACAUCCUCUCAUCUUAACAAAUUAAAUUAAAAAUCCAUGCAUGAAACCAUUCAAAGAAAUCUUUUGCCUCUUCAAUAGGAAACUCAAACACAACUAACUUUCCUCUAUUCUUCCACCUCUCUCACUUUUUAUCAUCAUUUCUUUAUAUAUAUUUGUUUAUUCAAUUUUAUAAACUAUUCAUUAUUAGGGUUUCUUCACUAGCUAGCUCUUCAUACUUCACAAAGCGAAAAGAAGAAGAGCGAAGUCUAAUCUUUGGUUAGAAUCUUUUUCUUAUGACGAGUCAAGAUAACAAAGAUGAUAGCCAGAGCUCCGGCGGUGGCCCUGCCGGAGCAAGGCCAAGAGAACCAGCUUUGAAUUGUCCGAGAUGCGAUUCUCCCAACACAAAGUUUUGCUAUUACAACAAUUACAGUCUUUCUCAACCUAGACAUUUCUGCAAGACUUGCAGAAGGUACUGGACUAAAGGUGGAGCGUUACGCAACGUUCCGAUAGGUGGUGGUUGCCGGAAAAACAAGAAGAUAAAGACUUGUUCAUCAUCUUCAAGGGAUUCAAAAGAUACAACUAGUGGUUCUUCAGAUAUUGGUGGGCUAAAAUUCUUUCAUGGUCUUUCACCAGCUAUGGAUUUUCAACUUGGAGGACUAAAUUUUCCAAGAUUGAACAAUACUUCAACAUCAACUGGUGGAAGUAUUUUCAACCAAUUUUCUACAUUUGGUGACAUUUCAACUACUACUACUAAUUGUGCUACAAAUAUUGGAUCAAGUUCUUGUUUCAAUCUUGAUCCUUUAGGAAGUUGUUCUGGUUCUUUAUUGGGAUUCAAUAAUUUCCCUUUCUCAAGUUCUAUACUAAAACAAGGUACAACUGCAGUUCAAGAAAUGGGAUCAAUGGGAGUUCAUCAUGGCACAAUGGCAUCUUCUAUAGAGUCAUUGAGUUCAAUUAACCAAGAUUUGCAUUGGAAAUUACAACAACAAAGAUUGGCCAUGCUAUUUGGUGGUGAAAAUCAAAAAGAGAAUAACAUUGUUUCAUCAUCAAUCCCUUUUGAUGAUCAAAAUCAAAAUCAAAACCAAAACCAAAACCAAAUCCAAAUCCAAAAGCCACAGCCAAUUUUGUUCCAAAAUCUGGAGAUUUCAUCGUCAAAACAACAAGAAGAUCAUCAUCAUCAAGAAGCAACAACAUUUGGCAACGACAAUAUUAAUUCAAGAAAAGAUGUUAAUAUUACAAUUGGAAGUCAUGGGAAUAAUUUGGCAACUGAAUGGUUCUUUGAUGAUUCAUUUGGUGUUAAUCCAAAUUCAACAAAUACCAUCAAUGAAAAUGAGGAUCAAAAUGGCAACAAUUGGAAUAGCACUAUUCAAGCUUGGAACAAUUUGAAUCAGUAUAGUACACUCCCUUAAUUAGCUCUAUAUAAUAUGAUGAGGAAACAAAAAUCAUAUUUAUACUACUAGUCUAUUUAGGUUCCCUUUUCUUUCUAUUAGAAAUUAGUAGUUUUGUUUUCGUUUUUAGUAAUGAACUUAUUGUAAUUGUGUAUGAUUAUGAUGGUGGUGGUGGUUAAAUUUUCA